CGAGUCGCGCCUCUCGUCCCCACGGCGCGUGUGGACAGAUUUCGGCGCAAAAGGGCGAUGGGAUGCACCCCGCAAUGUCCACGGUGAUCGUGGUGCCCAACAUCGCCUGUGUAUAAAGCUGUACUCCUCUCGCGGACGUGGCGAAGUGAGUUCCAGAUCAUCCCCCUCCAUCCUCGUUCAAACUACUCCUGUAAAUCAACAUGGUUCUUACAAUCUACGGCUACGUACCCGCCUGGGGUCUCCCUGACAUCAGCCCUUACGUGACAAAGGCUGUAUUCUUCAUGAAGAUCGCCGGAAUCGAAUUCAAAUACCAACCUGAGAACCUCGCUGAACUCGACACGAACUCCCCGUAUGGCAAGCUGCCAUACAUUGUCGACGACGACGGAACCAAGGUUGGCGACUCGAAUGAAAUCAUUCGGUAUCUCGAGAAGACGCGCAACAUCAACCUGGACGAGGGCUUGUCAAAUGCCGAGCUGGCCGUCAAUCUCAGUUUCGAGCGCAUGCUCGCCGAGUUCACCUACUGGACAGGCGUCAUCCAGCCGCGUUGGCGAGAAGACGCGGGAUGGGAAACGUAUAUCCCAUACAUUGUCCAGGGCGCCGAAGUCACCCCUCCCCUUCGCGAAGCCCUCGACGCCUUUCGCGAACGCAUUCUAUCUCAAUUCGUCGGAACAGGCAUGGGUCGUCGACCCGCGAAGACCGUUCUGGCGUUGUAUCAAGAGGACAUCGAUGCCAUUUCCUUCUAUCUCGCAGAUAAGAAAUAUUUCAGCGGGGACAAGGUGCGUACGGUCGAUGCUAUGGUGUAUGCCAUGUUGAGACACUUUGUCGACCAGCCGCAGAAGUGGUUGGGUACGGGGUAUGUGGAGAGCAAGCAGAAUCUGAAGAACUAUCUCGAGCGAAUGCGGGCGGAAUUUGACAUGUAGAUGGCGAUCUACGGUCGAAACGCUUGGAAUGAAAACGCACCGCGGUUUGGUUGAUAGUAUCUCGCCAUUGCUUCUCAUCCCUGUCCUUU